AUGUGGGGUAUGAUUCAGACCUUGACCUUGAUUUUGAGACCUCAGGGCCGAGUGGGCAACAGUGGCGGAGGCAGCGGCCAUGGUGGAUACGGUGAAGGAGUGGAGUUGGUUAGAAAGGCAUUGGGCGGGGGUGCCACUGGGUACCCCCACAGUGGUGGCAAGGCACCGCCCACUGUGGGAAUACACAGUGGCGACCGGGCCCUUCCACAGAGGUUACCUGCAGUAGGAGGCCCCCACCUCCAUUGGGCGGGCGCAGGGGGCGGUGGCGCGGGGGCGGUGCGGCUGGCGGUGGGCGGCGCGCUGGCUGGGCACGGGCGGGUUGGCGGCGGCGCGCGGGCGGGCUGGCGGCGUCGCGCGGGCUGCUGGCGGCGCGCGGGCGGGCGGGCUGGCGGCGUCGCGCGGGCUGCUGGCGGCGCGCGGGCUGCGGGUGCUGCACCGGCGGCGCGGCGGAGGAUACCGCCGGCGGCGGCGGUGGCCGAGCGGGGGGCCGCCUGGAAUGGGCUGCGCGUUUUUAGAUAA